UACCGCUAACCCUACUUCUACAAAAAAGUUUUGCUGUUCGGGAAGUUUUUACUUACAUUAGCCAUUAUAAAAACAGCUACAGUAGUACAUACCCACAUAUACAUAAACGGGCCGGUAGCAAAUGUGGUGUAAACUGCGUGAUUAUACACUGCUGUGCUGCGUAGUGUCACAGAAAUACCCGUUAGCUAAAGUUAGUUUGUUUUGCUAUCUGUAGCCUCAUAGUAAAUUACGUAAGGCUUAUUUAAAUGUCAUGGUCGCGUAGUUUAACACUCUUCCGGCAGAACAGGCUACAAAAAUACCCAACGUCAGCAGUGUAAGUGGCAUAAUACAUGUUUUUAAGCAGUAUAUUUGACUAUUAUACGUCCUGUGCGGCUAGCCUUCGAGCUAAGCUAACUAGCUAAGUUUUGGGUAACUUUGUACUACAACUUUAAGGGACCAUCAGCAAACUUGCAAGCACCAUGAGUGGGAGGGUUGUCCGCAGCCAUUGCCUUACUGCGCCACUUUAAGUGAAAUGGGAAGCCUUGAAACCUCCAUGUUUGUAUCUUGAAAUUGCGAGCGGAGUUGAGCACCAUAUUGAAUCAAAGUUGCCAUCUCCUUGACAAAUAUUUUAUUAAGUUUCACAGUUCAAACUUUAGCGUGUAUCCGACAUCGGACGUGUAAUGGGCGCACUGUAAGAUACUUUUUGCGAUGUUUCCCGGGGCGCUUCGGUUUCUUUUCCGUACAUGUUAAGUGGUUUAAUACACCGAGUCAGCGAACCAUCUCUAACUUCAAAGUGUGAGGUCAGCACUGUGGAUCAGACCUAGAUGUGAUGGACAAUCCGUCUUCAAUAAUCACCCAAGUCAGCCGGGAUGAAGAGGGGAGUAAAUCCGCUGGGGAGAAGGGCUCUUCCCCAGCUCCUUCCUCCAAGAAGCCCAGGAGCCGCGGCCUCUUCUCCAGCCUCUUCUGCUGCCUGUGUAGAGACCAGCCCGACCCCCCGCCGGUCAACAACAACGCCCCCCUGCUGGUGGAGGAGAACGGAAGCGUCUCCAAGGUAAAGCCACUUCUGCCUCCAGUGAAGUCAAAAGACUCGGGAAAGAUCUGUGUGGUUAUAGAUCUGGACGAGACGUUAGUUCACAGCUCCUUUAAGCCUGUGAACAAUGCAGAUUUCAUCAUUCCUGUGGAAAUAGAUGGAACAGUACACCAGGUGUACGUGCUGAAGCGGCCGCAUGUCGACGAGUUCCUGAAGAGAAUGGGGGAGCUGUUUGAGUGCGUCCUGUUCACUGCCAGUUUAGCCAAGUACGCAGACCCCGUAUCCGACCUCCUGGACAAGAGGGGCGCUUUCCGAUCCCGCCUGUUCCGGGAGUCGUGCGUCUUCUACCGAGGAAAUUACGUCAAGGACCUGAGUCGCCUGGGCCGCGACCUGAAUAAAGUCAUCAUCAUUGACAACUCCCCCGCCUCCUACAUCUUCCACCCCGACAACGCAGUGCCUGUGGCUUCGUGGUUCGAUGACAUGUCCGACACGGAGCUCCUGGACCUCCUGCCUUUCUUCGAGAGGCUGAGCAAAGUGGAUAAUGUCUACACGGUGCUCAAGCAACAAGGGACCGAGAGUUAACGGUGUUCUCAUCUCAGCUCUGAACAAAACGGCGUACAGAUAUUAAAAAAAACACCCACACCGGAGAGGCUCCAGCUCUCACUGCCAACCAGACUGCUUCACAGCCGACCGAGCCUUCACCUCCCCAGUAUCACAACAACACUUUCGGGAGUCUUCAGUGACUUCAAUGGCGUCAUCACUGCCACCUCCUGGUCAAACAGAAAACUCCUCUGAAAAUCAGCUUGUAACUUUCCCCCUAGGAAAGCAUGGAUGAAUGUUUUAGGACAUUUCUGCAGUGUCACUGAACUUGCAAAGUUUGUAGCCAUGAAUCCUCUGGACACAGACUGGGUACUGGACUUCUCUCCUCAGUUCACAACAUGCAGGAUUUUGGUAAGCAGGAAUCUAGUGAAAAAGGAAUUUCCGGUAAAGAUUUAUGUACAAAUAAUCUUUUUCGGUCUUGCCAUUGAAAAGAAGAGGGUGUACACGCACUGUAGAUGUCUGUUUUUGAACAAAGUUAACAUUCACACCCUAAUUUUCUUCAGGCAGGUGAUCCCUCUUUGUCAUUUUAGUGAUUUUAAAGCAAUAUGAUCAAGUAUUUUGGAAUAAUCAUGACAGUGUUAUGGAUGAAUCUGAUGAAAAGAAAUAUGAUCAGGAGUUUAUAAUUCACUAAGGAUUGGACAGCACUUUAUAAGUGCAGUCCCCCCUCUCAGUGCUAUUGAACUGUGGGAAUUUAGGUCAGAGAAAAUCAAUAUACACGUCUAAUCCAUUUGAAAAAGUGUUAUAAGUGGGAAUAGAGCCCUAUUAAACAAGCAGUAGACACUAAUAAGAAAUCAAACCAUCUGCACAUGACAGUGAUAGGGCAGCUGAUUUGGAAAGGUGGUUUAAAGCCUGAUGGACAGCCAAAAUGUGAAACAGUUGGCCCCAGAGACAGAAGGACCAGGUUUAUUUCUCUGGGUUCUGUUUCUCGUUUUAAAGCCACUGACGAAACUUGAAUUUCUCGCAGCAUAUACAGGCUGCUUUAGCGGCAGUAUGAUGCAGAAAAGGUCACAGUUUGGCUGGUCUUGAGCUUCAAAGUGCAUUUUCUUUUUCCCUAAGCGGUACGCAUAGGCUGGAAACUUGUUCAGGACUUUAUAAUAACAUGUGUGUCGAGGGAGGAGCUGCCUUAAAAAUGUUUCACAUAGUCCAGAAUCAAAGGAAAGAUCCACACUGUGACACUUUUAAUAACCAGCUAUAGGUGACCUCUUUUCUGUUGUUUUGAUGGAUUCUGUUGGAUUGACAUGACAGGUGAUGUAGUUCUAGUGCAGCUACAAUUGGGUUAAAUAGAGAACAAAACCUCUAGACAGUCAAAAUACUGCUUAUUGUUCACUCAAAACCACCAACAUAAAUAGAAGUUUAUCAAAAAAUAAUGAUUUGACGGUGGAAUUUUCCUUGAAAACUCAUUGACCACAUGGGGUCGUACACAUUUAAAUUUGUAUAUUUUUUAUAAGCUCUAUAUUGGUGAUGUUGGUCCAGCAGCUUGUUUGAGCUGCGUUAUUUUCCCCCUCAUAUGCGUUGACAAUACCAUGCGUUGACACCGAUGAAUGAAACCGUGGAUUUGGCGAAGAGCGUCGAUAGCAGGGACAGGGAUGACAAUUGAAUCCGCCAUUUAAGAGCUAUCACAUUAUUUUUCUAUGUUUAACAAAUUCUUGUCAAUCAAAUUUCUUUCCUACAUAACUGAUUCCUUUUCCUCACCCAGGAGUGGUCCUCAUAUACAAUAUUUUGCCAUUAGUUUUCCAAUUGCGGAAAUAUUUUUCUUGCAGUUUUUAUGCAAGACCUGGUUGGUUACCUCGUAUUUUAAUAGGUAAUAAAUGUAUCAGAAACACCAGCAAAUUACUAAAAUGAUAGCAUGAUACUGUUGUAGGCACAUAACAGGGUUAUCAUUUUUGGUGUGUGUUUUAUGUAAACCGUCAUCACAUAUCUCAAUUAGAUUGCUAUUGUUUUUUUUUAUUCAUUGGCAAACAGGAGUAUUAAUAGGAAGUCAUUUUGAUAUAAAACCAGCGAUGUGUCACUACAGGGACCCAUUCACUGAUACUGUACUUCUCACACAUUCAGUAGAUAUGUAUAUUUUGUUUUGCACAAUAAUAAAGCAAACAAAUGUUCAUUAAUAUAUGGAAUAUUCAUGUUACUGUACUCAUGAUUGAAUAGAUGUAACCUUUAAUUUUUCUUGACCUGUUUUAUCAUACCAAAUUAUAUAUGGACUGUAUGUAAUAAUGUCAUUUCCCCCGCAUAAAUGCUAAGUGAAAAAUGG